GAACAGAUAACUGGGUCAACUGAAAAUGUCUUUAUUUUUCUCGUAAACAUUUACAAUUAGUGCUACAGUGUAGCUAUAUGAGUCAUCAAACACUGGCAUUACAAGCGUCCAGAGACUUCGACAAUUACAAAACACAGUCUUUGAAGAGGGUGAAGAUGCCUUUUCACCAUGUGAGAGCAGGGUUGCUCUACACAGACAACUACCUGAGGAACUCUCUCUCUGAAACCAGUGAAGAGCAGCUUGCUAACCUCUCCACAGAAGAGCUUGGUGAGAUUAGAGAAGCAUUCCGUGUUCUAGACAGGGAUGGGAAUGGUUUCAUCUCUAAGCAGGAGCUUGGUAUGGCCAUGCGCUCUCUUGGGCACAUGCCCAGUGAGGUGGAGCUGGCUAUUAUCAUGCAGAGACUAGACAUGGAUGGUGAUGGACAGGUGGACUUUGAUGAAUUUAUGACAAUAUUAGGCCCCAAACUCCUUUCUUCUGAAACCAGAGAGGGCUUCCUAGGCAGCACUAUAGACAGCAUAUUCUGGCAGUUUGACAUGCAACAGAUGUCCCUAGAGGAGCUCAAACACGUCCUGUUCCAUGCCUUUAGAGACCAUCUCACCAUGAAGGACAUUGAGAACAUCAUCGUCACAGAGGAGGAGAGUUUGAAGGAGAACUCAGGAAACUGCCAGACUGAAUUUCAGGGAGUGCAUUCUAAAAAGAAGAAUCGUCAGACGUGUGUCCGUAAGAGCCUCAUCUGUGCUUUCGCAAUGGCCUUCAUCAUCAGCGUCAUGCUAAUCGCAGCCAAUCAGAUGUUGCGAAAUGGCAUGGAGUAGCCCUGCCCACUGUGAACCUUGGGUGAUUCGUUCUUUGCUUGUACUGUACCCUCUUAAGAAAUAAGCAUCAAAAACUGCUAAAGCAAUUCCACUUUCUUUUUUUUUUUUACCAUCCAGCGGAUUCGGAUGAAUCUGAAAAUAAAGCUCCCUUUUAUUUUUAAUAUAGCAAUUACACUGACUGUGACAAACUUUCCAACAGCACUGAGGGAUCAUUUGUCCUCCAUCUUCAGUUUUUGACAGGGACACGCAAGGGCUCCUCACUGGAUGCAGUUUAAUGCAAUUAUAUAUUGUGCCCCUCUGUGCUGUGUUUUUCUCACUCUCUCCUUGAGAAGCCAGGACUUGUCUUUGUACUGUAUCUCACUCCAAGCCAUGUCAGAUGGGAACGAUGAGGAGUAGAGUGAUUGGCAGCCUGUCCAACAGUCACCACAGGAUAUUUGGCAUCAAGAGUGUGUGCAUGAGAAUGUGUCCAUGUUCAUCUCAAAUGGUCUGUGUAUUCCUCUGUUGCAGCUCAUUUAUGGAAUUUAUAAAAGAUAUAUUUUAAUGUUCAGUUCAGUCGAAGACCUUUGACACAAUAUAUACUUCACUCACUGAGCAGUUUUUGUUUUUUUGUUGCUAAAGAUUUAAUGGCAGAGCAUUGCACUAGCAACAUCAAAGCUUUUGGUUUGAUUCACACGGAUCAAACUGAUCAAUAUACUAUCACUGAACAUUUUAUAGGAACUCUAAGGUCCUAAUAAAGUGCCGGAUGUGGUCUUCUGCUGUUGUAGCCCAUUUGCCUCAAGUUUCGAUGUGUUAUGUACUCUGAGAUGCUAUUCUGCUCACUACAAUCACACAGAGUGAUUAUCUGAGCUACUGUAGCCUUUCUGUCUGUUCAAACCAGUCUGGUCAUUCUCUGUUGACCUUUCUAAUCAACAAAGAAUUUCCAUCAGCAGAACUGCCAUUCACUGGAUGUUUUUUAAUUUUGCCACCAUUCUAAGUAAAUUCUAGAGACUGUUGUGUGUGAAAAUCCCAGGAGAUCAACAGUUACAGAAAUACUCAAACCAGCCUGGCACCAAUAAUCAUGCCACGGUCGAAAUAACUGAGAUAAAAAAAAGUUCCCCAUCCUCAAAUCAAAUCACUUUAUUGUCACACGACCAUAUGCACAAGAGCAGCAGUGGGUGAAAGUCUUGUGUGCAGUUCUGAGCAACAUAGCAGUCAUAAGAGUGACAUUCUGAUAGUUGAUGUGAAUAUUAACUGAAGCUCCUGGCCCGUAUCUGCUUGAUUUUAUGCAUUGCAAUGCCACACGAUUGGCUGAUUAGAUAUAUCUUGAAUAAGUAGGUGGUGUUCCUUAUAAAGUGCUCAGUAAGUGAAAAUAGUGAAGGGACUGUGGGAUGACGUAUGGAAUAGCAUACUACUCAUACUGUGUUUGCAGUAUGUAGUGAAUUAACUGGACAUGCAAAUUUUCUGAACAUAUGGAAUACCUGGAUGACCGUCUCGAUUUUUACUAGA